AUGGAUGACAUUUUAAUGACAGGGGAUGAUGUAGAAGAAAUGUGGAAGAACUUAAUUGUGAUUGAUGAUGUUUGGAAUGAUAAAUUUCCAUUGUUACCAAGUGAUCCAUAUCAGAAAGCCACUGCAAGAUUCUGGGUUGAUUAUAUCGACAAAAACGUCUAUGCGUUUGGGAAGAAAACAUGGAUGACAAAGGGAGAAGAGCAAGAGAAAGCUAAGAAAUAUCUCAUAGAAACCUUGAGAGUAUUGGAAGGAGAGCUUGGAGAGAAACCAUACUUUGGUGGUGAAAAUAUGGGGUUUUUGGACGUGGCCUUGGUUCCAUAUUAUAGUUGGUUUUAUUCGUAUGAGAUUUGUGGGAAAUUCAGCAUUGAAGAUUUCUGUCCGAAGUUGGUAAGUUGGGCUAAGAAUUGUAUGGAAAAGGAGAGUGUCUCUAAGUCACUUCUAAUGGAAACUAGGGUCUAUGGAUUUGUUAUUGACCUUAAGAAGUUUCAUGGAAUCGAUAAGCAUAUGAAAAGUUUGUCAUGA